AUGGAAAAAGAAUUUUUAACCCUUACAAGUGUAGCCUGUCAUGCUUGUGUAGAAGCUAUCGAUUUAAUCGAUGAUCCAUCAGCUUGGGAUGGUGUACAUAACUCAGGCAGAUGUGUAGCUUAUAAUAAAAAAGUCCAUCCAAUAGAUGCGUAUAAGGUUGAAGGAUUUAUUGAAAAAUCCCCUAUCUCCACCACCAUAAGCAGGCAAAGCUAUAAAAAUUCUCAAUUUUUGGGUAAAAAGCCACCCCUCUUGAGCGAUUAAAAAAUUUGUUAUGAAAAAAUAUUUUUAUAUAUAAAUGAUAAUUACCAUCACGAAAUCUCUAGAUAAUUCUGUUGAUUUUAAAAAACUUGCAUUUUAAAGCAUAAAUUUUUCUAAAAUAAAUUAAUUUUGCUUGCGAUUUUUUAAAUUUCAAAAAACAAUAUUUACAUAUAUAAAUUUUUUAAAAAGAAUUUAAGUAGAAUAAAAUUUUUUUUUCGAAGGAGUAAGCAAGUAAUAGAUUAUAUUUAUGAAAAUUGAAGCGAGUUACACUGUGACAUGGGAAGCUUAAUUUUAUCCUCAAAUACAGUCAGAACUUAUAAUAGCAAUGCUAGACUAAUAUCUGAAAUAACAAAUUUCUACCCAGCUGAGCAGCCAAGAGAAAUAUUAAAUUUUAUCACAAGAUUUGAAUUAACUGAUGGAGCUUGGGCUAUGGGAAUCACCAAUGCAGAAGAUUAUGCCCAUAUCCCACAGUCAAGAUACCAAAGAGGCAAUUUAAAGCAAGGAAUUCAUUUAGCACGCCCAAUAUUUAAUAAUAAGUCUAUGACUCAUUUUAUUGGAAUGCAGUUUUUUGAUCCAAAAGUAGAUAUCCCUCAAGAUGUGUCAAAUGAAAUCAAUAAUAUAAGAUACUUGUUUUAUCAGAGAUUGAUAAGCAGAAUCCAAACCCAUAUAGAAUAG